AUGCAAUUAGAGUCUCUAGUAUCUAUUCAAAGUGAAAUCAUAAACUACUUAUCAAAUAAUGAACACCCUGAUAAGAAUCAUCCUCUUCUCGAAGUGAGCAGAAGACUUCAGCAAUCCUUAAUUUCUGCAUCACCUAGAGAUAAACCCGCAUUUAAUAAUGGAACUGGUCAAAAUACCCCCAAAAACGCUGUAGUUGACGACGUUGAAGUCGAAAGCAUUAAAGCAUCAGAGCAAUUGCGCCAUUCUGAUCCAGAGGUCUCACCUCAACCAGAAGACAAUGAGAACAGUAGUGAUGGGAUAUUAAGGCAUCGUAAACCACCAACUUCCAGCGCUACUUUCCAGAGAAAUUCAAAUAUAUGGAGGAAUUCGAUGGAGAUACCCCUAUUUUUAACUGAUGAUCAAGCUGGAGAUCAUUUUGCAGAUAGAAAAUCAACUUUGAAGAAAAGGUAUACAACGCACUUCUCUUUGCCUCCUGCAACCACCUCUACACCAACCGUUGAGGCUCCUCAACGCCUCGAAAAUGAAAGAGGUGAUAGAAUCGUCCAAUCAGAUUCAACAAAUUCCAAUAGCGCAAGUUCAAUCUCUUCCGAAUCCGAAAUCGAAAUUACAACUCCUCUCAGACGAAACGUAGGAAACGGUGUCCGUCAAUCGUUGAUUGAAAGAGGGUUUCCAAGAAUCACUGAAAAUUCAAAUGCAACAACCCUCGUAGUUCCUAUGGCUAAAAACCUUAAUUUCUGUGAAUGGGUAUCUAGUCAAAGAAAUAACAACAAAAGAUCCGAAAGAGGUGGAGAGAUAACUGCAAAGGCAGAGUAUCAGUCAUAUACCGAUACAAGGAACGUCUGCAACUAUGAUAUUACUGAUUUUAUCAAUGCAUGUCAUCUCCUCCAGCAGUCGCUUGAGAACCCUAAAUCUAUCCCGCCUUCCAAAAUAAUGAACGUCAUGCCUAUUUUGCGUGAUUACUGGUUCCACAACACGACGUCGUCCGACGUCACAGUUGAGUCCCUUGAAUCCCUUCUCUCGGUGAUUUCACAAUUUCCGCCCUCGGUUGCUGGACGAGUCGUGAAUCAACGGGAUAAAGAGGGUCACACUUUUCUUCACAUCGCGGUUCGCAAACGCCGCUGGGAGUUGAUUGAGACGGCCCUUGAGGCGUGUCGUGAAUUUGAUCUCGAUCGAACCGACGCCCGCGGUCGGACGCCCCUCUUGUUGAUGGUCAAUUAUGCCUCUCAGUUGUUUAGUGCAGGAAACAGUGUAUUUAUGCUAUCAGCGGCGUGUCUGAUGGUGGUAUCAUCGAUGCAUCGGGCCGAUGGGAUUUUCGUGGAUUGA